AGUACAUAAGACCGAGAAGGCAGUAGCAGUUCACUCACUCACUCCACAGCAACAGAGACAGAGCUGGGUGUCAGGGAUCCAGUGUUCUGGAAAGAACCAGCGUGCACUCUUCUUUCUACAGCCAAGAAUCAACAAUGGCAAGAGUUCCAGAAUGUCAGGAAGAGUUGAUGGAAUUCUGCAGCAUGAAUGAAGAUACACAAUUCUAUGAAGACCAGCCUUGUUUGACUAAGAAUGCUUGCCAAGUCCAGAAACAGUGUGCCUGCUGUUCCCAAGUUCAAUGUGCCUGUGAAAUGGACAUUCAGGUAAAGAUCACCCAGAAGGUCCCAACCAAGAACUUCCGGAAAGCUGUGGUGAUUGUGGUUGCUGUUGAGAAGAUGAGGAUCAACGCAAAAGCCAGGGUUUUCACUGAUGAUGAUUUGCUAAACAUCCUGAACGCUGUCUUAGAACCUGUACCUUUUGACAAGUGUGAAUUCACUUACAGCACAGAUCCCAAUUACCGCUUCACCCGAGCUAUUUCCUAUGAUAUCCAAGACAUUAAGCAAAAGUUCCUUGUCCUGAAUGAGCCCGCCCAGCUGAUGGCUAUGCAUCUUCAAGGUUCUAACAUCCAUCAUGCAGUGAAGCUAAAAAUGGCUGUAUACCGUUCAAAAGACACUGUAAAAAAUCCUAUUGCACUGGGCAUCAAGGGGACCGGUCUCUGCUUGUCUUGUGUGCCAAAAGGAGAAGGGCAGCCGGAGCUGCAGUUGGAGGAAGCAAACAUCCUUCGCAACAUUGACAAAUCGAAGUUGGGUCGCUUCAUCUUCAACAGGGUGGACAUCGGGAACACUACAAGGUUCGAAGCAGCAGAUUUCCCUGGCUGGUUCAUCUGCACUUCUUCACAGUCCAAUGAAGCUGUUGGCAUGACUAAUCAGCUUGGGCAAGUCUCAAUCGUAGAUUAUGUUCUUACAAAUGAAAAGCAGUUGUAGCUUAAACCAAGUCCUUGUGUGUACUAUGUACACUUUCUGUAAUGUAUGUGCAUUUUCAGAGCCUGUACUAUUGGCAGAUUCUGAAAAUACUUUCCCUGGAGGGGGAAAUCUCCUAGAAUCUAGGGGAAAGCACUUAAUAAUGAGAGAACUCUUUAUAAGAAUUUUCAUCACUAGGUCUCAGCUUUACAAAUGUCAGACAAGUGCAGCCUGGGAUCUGUUGAAACUGUUGCCCAAGUUUUAUUAUUUAAAGGGUGGCAGGGGGAAGGGUAGAAAUGUAGUAUUUUAUCACUGCAUUCUAAGCCAAUGUGCCUGUAAAUAUUUAACAGUUUCUCUGUUU